AUGGCUACGUCAACCCCCACCUGGGGUCCCCUCACCAGCGCGAAACCAGCCAAGUCAUUCAGCUCCGCUCACAGCCUUUCACCACCCUUGAAAAUCAGAACCGCCCCUCUCUCCCUCUCUCAAUCUCGCGGGAGAAUUAACCCCAUCGUCGCGUCGACGGGCAACGGCGCGCCAGCGUCGCGCGCGGCGAAGCUGGUGGACGGGCGCGUGCAGGAGGGGCCGGACCUGAGCGUGGAGGUGAACGGACUGCGCCUGCCCAACCCCUUCGUCAUCGCGUCGGGACCGCCCGGCACCAACUACGUGGUCAUGAAGAAGGCGUUCGACGAGGGCUGGGGCGGCGUCAUUUGCAAGACGUCCCGACCUCUCCCUCGACUCGUUGUGGUCAACGUGACGCCGCGCUAUGCCAAGCUGCGCGCGUUUCUCAACCGUUUUCGUUUCCCCUCGCCUGCCUUUCCCCGUGCCCCUCCUUCCCGGCAGCUCUCCCUCGACUCCUCCGAGGCGGUGAACGUCACCCCGCGCUACGCGAAGCUACGCUUCCCUCACUGCUUCCCCCUCGCCUCCCUCCCUCAACGCACCCCCCUUUCCGCCCCCUGCGCAGCUCUCCCUCGACUCCUCCAAGGUGGUGAACGUCACCCCGCGCUACGCGAAGCUGCGCGCCCCACUCACCCGCUUCCAUUUAUCUCCCUUUCCGUUGCCAUGUCCGCACGUCCCCCGUUCCCCGUUUCUCUCUCCCCCCCGGUUGCGCAGCUCUCCCUCGACUCCUCCAAGGUGGUGAACGUGACGCCGCGCUACGCGAAGCUGCGCGCGCCGCACUCGCGCGACGUGAUAGGGUGGCAGAACAUCGAGCUCAUCAGCGACCGGCCGUUCGAGGUGAUGCUGGCGGAGCUGAAGCAGCUCAAGGCGGAGUACCCGGACCGCGUGCUCAUUGCGUCCAUCAUGGAGGAGUUCAAUAAGGACGCGUGGGAGGAGAUCAUUGGCCGCUGCGAGGAGGUCGGCGUGCUCAAGGCAGAGUACUUCGACCGCGUGCUCAUUGCGUCCAUCAUGGAGGAGUUUAACAAGGACGCGUGGGAGGAGAUCAUUGGCCGCUGCGAGGAGGUCGGCGUGGACGCGUUUGAGAUCAACUUCUCGUGCCCACACGGCAUGCCGGAGAGGCGCAUGGGCAUGGCGAUGGGGCAGGACUGCGAGCUGCUGCACGAGGUGUGCGGGUGGAUCAACGCUGCUGCUCACAUCCCCGUGUGGGCCAAGAUGACUCCCAACAUCACCGACAUCACCCAGCCAGCACGAGUGGCACUGGAGGCGGGGUGUGAGGGAGUGAGCGCCAUCAACACCAUUACGAGCGUCAUGGAGGUCAACCUCAAGACGCUCAGGCCCGAGCCAUGCGUUGAAGGGCCGGAGAGCAGCAGCAGCAGAAGUCCCUGCGGCAAGAUGAAUCAACCAUUGCAUUUUCUCGUGCUCUCUCUUUCCAUCCCGCCCGUCCUCAAAUCUCACCUACCCACACCACCCCACAGCUACACAACGCCAGGCGGGUACUCGAGCAAGGCAGUGCGGCCCAUCGCCCUGGCGCAUGUGAUGAAAAUCGCGAGGAUGGAGGCGGAGAAGUUCCCAGGGCAGGGCAAGUCGCUGUCUGGCAUUGGUGGCGUGGAGACGGGGGAGAACGCUGCUGAGUUCAUCCUGCUGGGAGCUGAUACGGUGCAGGUGUGCACGGGGGUGAUGCUGCAUGGCUAUGGGCUCGUGAAGUCGCUCUGUGGGGGCCUACAGGGGUUCAUGGAGCAGCACGGCUUCACGUCUAUCAGCGACUUUAAAGGCUCUUGUAUGUCUCCCUCUUUCUUACCCAACCCUCCAUCCCCCUCACUCUCCCCUCCCCCCCUCUUUCCCAUCUCCACUUCAACCCCCUGUGUUGAAUCCAUUCCUCGGCCACUCGCUGCACAGUGGCACACCAGGCACACGGGCCUGGUGCAGUGGCAGAGGGAUUUUAGGUGCCUCAACCCCACCAACCCCCCCCUCCUCCCCCUCAUCCCUCCCUCCCCCAACGCCCCUCCAUCCCCAGGCACUCACUGCAGUACUUCACAACACACACGGACCUGGCACUCACUGCAGUACUUCACAACACACACGGACCUGGUGAGGCGGCAGGGGCACUCACUGCAGUACUUCACAACACACACGGACCUGGUGAGGCGGCAGAGGGAGGCGGUGGAGCAGCGCAAUGCCGCCAAGAGAGGGCUUGCGUCCGACAAGGAGUGGACGGGCGAUGGGUUCGUGCAGGAGACAGAAACCAUGGUCUCCAAUUAG